ACUGAACGCUGCCAGUGUAAUGAAGUCAUCUGGAAAGCAGUGACUGGAGUUUUUAUAUCCAUUAACAUCCUUCUUGUAGGUGUGAUAGUUUGGCAGCACAAGAAAGGUGACAUAAGAUUUUUCUCGUUUUACACGCUUUUGAUUUUUCAUAAUUUUGGAACUUAAUGAGUUACGUUCCUUUAAUAGUGUAACACAAACCAACGAUUUAGCAUGCUGCAAAAUUUAGAGCAAAUAGAAAGAGCGCUUAACUUAACUUAUUAAUCCAAAAAACAACUCAGAAUGGUAAACCGCGUGGUCAUCCCUUAUCCAAAAUAUAACAUUCAAAACAUGACGCAAGGAGGCAAUAAAUAAAUAAGUAUAUAAAUAAAUAAACAAAUAAAUAAAUCGUUAAUUGAAAUGUGUUUGUCUUCGUCCACAGGAUCGAGAGGAAAGAAAAGGUAUCACUAUUCGUUACAAGUUUCAACAAAUGCAAUUAGUGUGCUCGCUUUCUAGAGCCGUUCUACCGUCUAGUUUACUAUUGUGUCAACUAUUUCAGUUUAGAUUUCAGCAAAAACUACUCAAUAUAGGCAUAAGUACAAGCCGAUUACCCAUAAAGAAAACUUUUUUUCUUUUUCCCGAGUUCGCGAGUCUAGUUGUUGCGGCAAGAAAAAACAUUUUCCUUUUACUAAUAGAAAAUUGUCCUGUAAAAGGGAUUGUAGAGAAUCAAACACAGUUUAUUCCUCAUUUAAUUUAAUAGCCCGUUAGCCCGUAGUGGUAGAGCGUAGUGUGAGCGAUUAUUAAUGAACAAGAAACUAGUCAAGGAAAAAGUUAACUAUGUGGGUAAUGACAUCAUUUUGCUACGCAUUAUAGAAGUAAACUGGCUGUAUAGAAAAUAACAGCUUUGAAUUGUGUGUACAAUUUUUCAUUUUGAAAUACCUUUGCAACAGAAGAUCGAUCAAAAAAAUAGAUCUGAACAGUGAAAAAAGGCAUUAAGAGUUUAAUGCUGGUUUCCUUUCCUCUUUGCUUGUUCUCAGACCACACGUGUUGCCACGCAAUGAUGCAGAAGUUUAUGACGUAAGUUUUAUGUUUCAUUCUAUUUCAUUUUGUUUUCAUCUGGUUUAUCUUCCAGUCGAUAGAGAGAAAACUGAAUUUCGAAUUAAGUGGAUGAUAACGCGAUAGUCCAUUUUUGUAAAUUUGAGUGAACUGUGCCCUAGCAUCCAGAAAAAUUAGUUACAUGGGUGUCUCCAGGCAUGGAGUAUUAUUGUUUUUGUGCUUUGGGAACGUGUUUUAUUAGAACAUUGACUGAUGAUUUUGUUUUAAAACUCUCAGAAUGAAAUAGCAAUGGGAAAGGUCCAAUCAUCUCAUACACAUCAACGUAAGACUGAAUACAUUGACCUAACAGAGAUACCUGCGUUUGGAAGCAAGCGCAAAGAAGUCACAUUAGGCACCACUCAGAUAGAACGUACAUCUCAGGCAGCUGAUUACGCACCUCUUCAUCCAUCAACACGCUCUUGGGAAAUUUCACGAGACAGUGUUACCAUAGAAAAGGUUAUCGGUAAAGGUGCCUUUGGGCAGGUUGCCCAGGGAACGGCAAUAGAUCUUCGAGAAAGACCAGGAAUUUCUGCAGUAGCUGUUAAAAUGCUUAAAGGUAAUCCAAAGUAACGUCUGUGGAUGGCAAUGCUAUCUACGUUUGGGGGGAUUAAUGUGGGGUUUAAACAAUCUAACAUUCCUUAUAUUGAAAUAAGUCAUUGAUUACAAAAGGGAAGUAAAAAAGGAAAAGCAUGUGAGUUUUCCUACGUGAUUUUUCACAAAAAUAAUUAAAGAGGAGAACAUUAUUCAAAAACGCAAUCUUUAAAUAUGACGCAGUGGUGUUCCCAAAGAGCAUUAAGGCUUGUAUUGUUAUGAUUUGUUCCUUUAUUUUUAGCUUCUCCUCCUGAGUCUGACAGAAAGGAUUUUUUAUCUGAACUCGAUGUUUUGAAGACGUUGAAACCUCAUCCACAUGUCAUACGACUACUGGGAUGUGUAACCGAAACUGGUAAAAAAACUGAUAUUCGACUGAGAUGAUACACAUAUUUGUGCGAUAAACAUAACAGGUCCUGUAAGGUUUUAAAUGGGCGGAUAAAAGGAAUGUGGAUAAAAACGGUUUAGCUUUAAAACAUUUUAAAGAAUGUAAGGUACGUACUGGAGCUUAAAUGUCGCCUAGACAAAGUAAUGGUCACAGAUAAGAGACUAGAUGUUUCCUCUAAUUUAAAAAAGGUUGUUAGAAUCAUCAUAGCAAUCAUUCUCUUACGGUCGACGUGAAAAAAAUGUGGGAAAACGGAAAUUGGCUGCCAAUUUGGUUGCCCCUGUUUAACGCCGAAAAAGAGAGAUUCAGGGGCUAAUAACCUAAGCUGACUGUAUUUCUUUAAUUUCUGAUCGCUCGCUCCAUGUAUUCAUAGCGAUCGAUUGGGACACAGCCUGUUAAUUGAUAAAGGAUAUGAGACCAGUUCAUUUUAUUAUUGUAUCUAUUUCGUAUAUAUUUGCUACCCAUUUGCAUUGUACUUUUCCUCCAAAUGAAUCCAAAUUUAAACUAUCGAGAUUCUUAAAGAUGGGUAAUAUUACACAUGUAUAAAAAACAAAGCCUUUGAGCUAAAUAGUAAUUGCAGACUCAAACUAUUAUUCCAGACCCUUUAUUGGUUUUGAUCGAGUAUGUCCCGUUUGGAGAUCUCCUGGGAUACCUGAGAAAGAGCCGUGGACUUAACGAUACUUAUUUCAAAGACCCGGAUAUCAAACCGCAAACAAGUUUGACUUCACGGCAACUUAUUAAAUUUGCUUGGCAAAUUGCUGAUGGAAUGAGUUACCUGUCAUCAAGAUCUGUAAGUAAUUCUUGUUUUAUUGCGAUAUUAUUACACCAUUUAGAGUAUUGUUUUGAAAUAAAAAUCAUUUUAUACCCCCGGCAACAAGUAAUCGUCUUACGAUUUAAUGGUCAGCAGCAAUGGGAUACUUUUCCAUGACGUCAUUCACGCCAAUGUAUUUCUGCGUAAAUAAGAACUAAACCAUACCGACCAUACUACUUACAGCACUAUACAGUCCAGAGCUUUUCCACUUUUAGAAAUGUGCGAAACCACAGUGUGACGUCACAGUAUGGCGGGUUAGAAACAUCUCCGAGCGGAUUCAAGUGCAAGUUGGUGUGGAAAUCUGUUGUGUUUUGCUUUUUUUUAGUAGUCUUUGCUCGCCUUUUAGUAACGCUGCAACGAAAACGAAAUGGUAGAAGACGUGCAUAAGAUGACGAACAAUGCAAUUAAAAUGUUUUAGAAAGGGAGAUUUUAUUUACUUUCGUGUCAAUUUUGCUUGUUAUUACGAUCGAUGAAUCAUCUUCACUUUGGAAUAUCUCUCCUGAAAUCUUUUUUCAGGUCUUCAUAUUAUUGUUGUUUUAUGUGAAACGUGUAGUUGGGUCACUGUUCUGGUCAUGUUCUGGUAAACAUUCCGCGAGGUUUAGAGUAAAGGCCAGGUUCUUUAGGAGAACAGAAAGGAAGACACAAAAAGUCUCGUUCAGCUGUUUUGAUUUUUCCUUCCGGCCUCGUGACGUACAACCUAUUUUUAUGGUGCAAUAAUAUCACCUGACUUAAACACAUGUAAUGCAUACAACUGUGGGGGUGGGUUAAGUACUUUCUUACAUUCUCCCUGUCCUCCUGAACAUCGAAAAAAGGCUCGGGCUAUCUUUAAAGAAACUAGUCUUUACAGGGUGGAGUAAGUUUGAUUCUUCUUUAAUAACUAUUCUUGUAGGAUGAUCAGGUUACUUAGAAAGUUCCAUGCGCGUCCUCAUCCGAUAGAGCCAAUGUUUAUGUGACGAUAAACAAAAUGCCAACUGAUGACUGAACAAGCUUUUUUUAACAACUGCCUAAGCGUAAAUACUUUUCAAGUCUGAAAAAGUCAUGCGGUACAAGUUAUCCUCAGCAAGCUGGAACUGGCAUCUACUGAAACAUGUAUGGGGUACCCUGCCACAGCACGUGAAUGAACCGGACCGUAUUGGGAGGGACCCCAUUGCAGGUUUGGCGAUCCAUAAUAAGAGAGCGUUGCAAUCACCCACGGUGGACAAGGUGGACAGUACAUGAUUUGGCCAGGAACACUAUUUGCUGUUGCUAUUUGAAUACUUGAUGCACUGCAAGGGUGGUAACUAGGAUUUCCCAGCUGAUCACAACAACACAUUCGGUGGCUGUCGCGUGAGGAUAGACUGGCAAUGUUUUUUUUCUGUCUCCUGCCCCAGGAACAAGUUCGUCUUCAGCUUCAGAGUCAGGUAGCACAGGAUCGUCUGUAACGUCAUCACCCAAGGGGUCGCUACGUCCUCUGUCAUAGUUUCAUUCGUAACCUCUGCCUUUCCUUCCCUACGACGUUCAGUGUCUCCUGUAGGUGUACACAACUGCAAUGUCUCAAACUCUGUAAGGGACAAACCGGACGAGUCAUCCUCAUCUACUGAAUCACUCGUGCCCAAUUUAUCGUUCUGCAAUCUUUCUCGAGCUUUCCUGGGAGAACUGGAAGGCACUUUUCCUUGAGACUGGUUAGCGGAAGGUCUGGGUGGUCAACUUGAUGGAAGUCAAAUGGAAGGAGUAGAUUUAUGUGUAAUACUCUAGGCUUACCAGUCAGUAUUUCAGGUCUGACCUCGAGUACAGGAGGGUUCCCUGUCUGGCCAACUGAAACAUGCACCUGCUGCUCCCAAUAAGACCUGAGUUUUCCUGGCCCACCUCGCUCAGAUAAGCAACGCACCAGGACUCGAUCUGCAUGCUGUAAUCCUGAAAAGCUCAGCUUACGUUCAUACUGCUUCUUUCCGGAGACUAUCUAUUUAAGAAUAUUCUUCGCGGCUUGUAAAUAAGCCUCCGUCAUAGCAAUCUGCCACUUUUUUGCAUAACCCCGAUGGGUUACACCAGGUUCAUCACCUGGUGACCAAACAUCCAGGUUCAAUGGAAGAUGAGGUGACCGACCAAAGAGCAAAUAGAAAGGCGAGAACCCAGUCAUAUUGUUUCUCGUGCAAUUGUAAGCAUGCACAACUUUGUUUAACGAGUCUUUCCAUCUUUCUUUCUUGUUCUCUCUCGAAGAGUCCUGAGCACGGACAACAAAAUCCUAUUGAAUCUUUCCACUUUUUUUCCCCCCUUGAGAAUGGUAUUGUAUUAAUAUCACGAAGACCGGUAAAUCUAGUACUUAGUUUAUGUAAUCUCUGGAAAAGUAUAUUCUCCGACUCUCAACCUUGAUAAUGAAGGAUUUUCGAGGGGAAACCAAAUCGUAGAAUAAUUAGUCUUGUUAUAGGCGAUCAGGAGCAGUUGUGUUUGACUUGCUAGGCGGGUAGGCUUGUGUAAAUCUUGUGAAGUAGUCACUAAUGAUAUAUUAGUACCCACCAGAACUUUGCGCUAGAUGUAAGAAGUCAAUUGACACUAAUUCAAAAGGCGGUGAAGUGGUAAUACCGGUGAGUGGUGCAUGGGUACUCAAAUUAGGCCGACGUUGCUUGAGACCUGGACAAGGUUUAGUGACAAGGUGAAUAACGUCACUCUCCAUCUUCAUUCAAUAGGGUAGUUCUGCUUAUUUGGCUACCACCAGUGACCAUCAACGUCUAAACCCCUAGAAAAAUCAUCGCUAAACAAUGUCAAAAUUAUAUUACUCCUUCUGCAAACAGUUUAUCCCGACCAGAGUAAAAAAUAUGAUUAGACAAAGUUAUUUCGCUUUCCUAAACUGAACCAUGAUUUCCUUUCUUGCUACCGAGACCAGGGUGAGAUAAACCUUCCCGUGGACAUUGCGGAUAGAAGCUCCGGGGAUCGGCCCGCUCUAUUGUUGUUUUAUAGUCCAUGCAAACAGAUAGUAAAGGCAAGUUUCUCUUUUCCUGCAAACGGUUCAUCCCAGCGAGUAAUUAAAGGGUUCAUAACUUGUUAUCAUAUCUGAAUUUUUUUCCCAUCGCGUAUAUGCUUGACUACUGUUGACUCUUGUAUUGACUGCCAUACAGAAAGUUAAUGAAAACAACCCCCGCGUCAUGUGACUCCAAAUUUGCACCGUGAUUGGGUAAUUGCUUUUUUUUGUUUCGCGAUCAAAACAUUUUCAAAAGUGGAAAAGGUCUGGACUGCUAUAUACAUGUAUAGAUUAAUUGAUAUACUAGUGAAAGAAUGACGAGUAAUCGAUAUACGGCGAAAUAAAAAGAUCGGCCAAAAGGAAGGAUUUUGCUUCUAACACUCCCGCUAAUUUAAUAUGUUGGUCAAAUGUUUUUGCAGAUCAUUCACCGAGAUCUUGCAGCUCGUAACGUGUUGGUUGGGGAAAGAGAGACGUGUAAAGUGACUGACUUUGGAAUGGUCAGGCAUGUCCCGCAAGAGGACAUUUAUGAAAGAAAGACAAAGGUAUGGAAAAACAAGUAAUUGAACUGCAAUUGUAUAAAAUGACUGAAAAAUGCUUUGAAUUUAAUUGAUUUUAUUUUUCCAUAUAAUAUAUGUCCAUCUAUUUUAAUUCAGCUUUAAUUAUGUGCCCUCAACCAGUUUCACUGCCGUCAUUUUAUGGCCGCACUGAUGUACCGUAGCUGCUGACACGAAGUUUUGAGGCUUUUUCAACUACUCCCCGCUAAGUAAAAAUCAUCAGAUAUGGUUGAAAAAUGUUUGUUUUACUCGGCCUAUGUUUCGUUGUAUACCCAUUAGGGUCGUCUUCCAGUCAAAUGGACUGCAUAUGAAGCGUUGAUGUUUAACGCUUAUACCACCAACAGUGACGUGUGAGUAAUUUUGUGAAGUAUUUUGAAAGUUAUUUUUACGACGGAUCUAUCUUAUCUUUUAAGUUUAGGUUUUGUUUCAUUGCCUUGUUUUUGUCCACGUACUGUUUUCCUGUUUUGAUCUUUUGUUUCUACUUGUACUUGAAUUUAUGCUUAGCUCGCGAAUUUACUUAUUGCCAUAUUAGGAAUGUUAUUCGCUUGGCAUUGUCAGAUGCUAGAUUUUUACAGUAAGUCGUGUUUGUGGUGUUAGAGCUGACCUUGGUUCUUUGGUACUUGUCAGUUGCGACUGUGCGUAGGGUACUCUAUUCCCUAACAAUAGCAAACCUGUUGCCAUGUUAGCGAUAAGAUAUUUAAUACUGAAGGUCUCUCUGUCAGCUAACUCAAGGAUGUCCAGCUUUGGCUAUAAAAACCCUUCUAUACUUGAACUAGUAAGUAGAGAAGAGUAGAAAAGUAGAAAAGUCACAAGAGUAGGAAGAUUAAGAUUGUUAGCGGAAGUCAAAGACGAAUAAAGGCCAAGAUGUAAAUCAGAUUCCUGGUACCUUAUCGUGUAGCGAGCGAGUUGGUCGAACACACCCUCACAGUAAAUACAAAUUGCCUGCAAUAAAGUUUAUGGUGUUUGGGAUCAUUUGGUUAUUGUUUGCCUCUUUAAUUACCUUUUUGUAUUUUGGUUCGUACAUCCACUCUAUCAUUUCAUUGCAGCUGGAGCUAUGGCGUCGUUCUAUAUGAGAUAUUUACUGUCGGUAAGUUAACUAUUGUAAUAAUUUACGAUCUUGUUGAAGCCCAUUGUCAACACCUCGUUGGAGCCUAGUGCACUUUAAAGCUCUCUCCUCAACAGUGGCCUCUUUGAGUCGUAGGGAGGCUGGGGAGAGGGAAAAGGACAUUAGAUUGCUGCUAUUUUCAUUUGGAUACCCACUGGGAGCUUCUGCAGAGGAAAGAGCACUUAACAUGAAUUGGAAAAGAAUAUGUGCUUUCUUGAUGAAAAACCAAAGUUAUUCUAUAUUUCAGGUGGUUUCCGUAUCCGCGAAUGGAUGGCAGGAAAAUUGCUAGCUUACUUCAAGAAGGAUACAGGAUGCCUAAGCCACAACACGUGGAUGACAAAUUGUAAACGUUUUUAUAUAUUUUAAAAAAAUUACUAUGGUAUAUAAUACUAGCCAAAUUUUAUUUCGAAGUUUUAACGAAGAAAGUGUUACUAAGUAGUAUCACACAAGUAUUAAAGAAGAGGUUUUAAUUAUGUGUUUGAAUAGCUUGAAAAGCCAUUUGUUUUUCACUUUUUGACAUUCUGUUCUACGUGAAAAGAGCAAAAAUGUAAGAAAGAAAGCAACCCGAGCAAUACCAGAAAAAUUAGUGGGAGAAAUCACAAAUAGAGAUGAAAUGAUUUUUCUCAGGUAUCAAAUCAUGAUGAAUUGUUGGCAAAAUGAACCAGAAGCGAGACCGUCAUUCACAGCAUUGACAAAACAGCUCAAGGAUAUGGAAAACCAACACAAGGUGAGAUUGUUAGUAGUUAAUCAAAAUAAAUAAAUAAAUAAAAUAAAAGAUUGUUUUAAGGCUUUUACUAGCUUUCCAUAAUUACAUGCAAUGAGAAUCUUUCCCAGCAAAAUUGUAAAAGUAGUGUAACGACUCAAAAAAGUAUAAACAUACCGUAUAGCAUUAUAAUCCGAUGAGACAAUUUUCUGUAACAUUUCUUGGAACUUAAUUAUCGAAAGAGCUGGGAACGUUUCUUGUUUGAGGGAGGCUUUUCCUAAUUUUUACAGGUCAUCUAGGAGUAACUGAUAAAAACGGCGAGUUGCACUGAUCCAUUUGUCUUUUUUUUAAUGCAUCUUCGUUUUUGUAAUACUAACUUUGACACAAUUUUACAAAAUGUUCUUUUCAUCCACAGAAGCUGAUCAACAUGCGCAUUUACAACAAUCAGUUGUACGCAAACGUUGAGGACCUGAACGUGUAG